AAAAAAAAGAAAUUCUUCCGAUGCAUCUGUUCGACUCUCGAGAGUACUCCGCCUGCCGGGCCCAAACAAGGAAAGUGCUAUUGCUGUCCUCUUUCCUUGUGGAGUUUACCUUCAUAUUUACUAUGUUGUUUAGAAUGUGGACACACUCCUUCAGCUUUCAUUGGGAAGGCUCCACUGGUUUGAAUGAUCAUCCAUUUAAAGUCGUGAGGUGUUUAUUCGCCCUGUAACAAUGAAGAUGGAAUGUACCGGAAUCCCCUCGCCUUUCUUUGCUCCCUUUUUUCAGCCACGCACUUAAUCGGUCCUUGUUGUUACCUUUCAAUUGAGCCAUGCAAUAUGACUCGUAGUAGGUCUAGGUACGCGCAUAGCUGAGUAGAGAAGACCCAUCUAGUGCCACGGAAGGCAUACCAAAUUUAUGGUGUGGUAUGCGAGGUGAAAGACAUGUAUCUCUAUGUACAUAUUGCAAGGGAUGCGGCUAUUUCUUUUGUUACUUUAUCCUUUUCUGUAUUAGUCUCGCCUUUAC